AUGUCUGCUUCUUCUGCUUCCAUUAUCAAUUCCUCCAUAUUCAUUCUCACUGGUUUCCCUGGCCUAGACCAGUACUACCCCUGGUUUUCAAUUCCCUUUUCUUUUGUCUAUGCUAUGGUCUUUCUGGGAAACUGCCUGGUGCUGCAUGUGAUCAGGACUGAGCCGAGCCUGCACCAGCCCAUGUUCUACUUCCUGGCCAUGCUGGCCCUCACUGACCUGUGCAUGGGGCUGUCCACGGUGCACACGGUGCUGGGGGUCUUGUGGGGACUCAAUCAAGAAGUCAGUCAGGAAGCCUGCAUUGCCCAAACUUACUUCAUCCAUGGUCUGUCAUGCAUGGAGUCUGGAGUACUUCUUGCCAUGGCCUUUGAUCGCUUCACUGCAAUCUGCAAUCCUCUGCGCUACACAUCCAUCCUGACCAACAGUAGAGUCAUUCAUUUCAUGGUGACCAUUCUGAUGAGGGCUGCUUUGUCCAUUCUCCCAGUCAUCAUUCGCCUGAAGUUCUUCCAUUACUGCCGCCCCCACAUCCUCUCCCACUCUUUCUGCCUGCACCAGGACCUACUCCGGCUGGCCUGCUCCGACAUCCGCUUCAACAGCUUCUAUGCCCUGGCUCUGGUGAUUUGUACCUUGCUGUUGGAUGCUGUGCUCAUUCUCAUCUCCUACAUUCUCAUCUUGCACACAGUGCUGGCGAUUGCAUCCCAGGAGGAGAGGCUCAAGUCCUUGCAGACCUGUGUGUCCCACAUCUGUGCUGUCCUGGUCUUUUACAUCCCCAUCAUUGGCCUCACCAUGGUGCACCGCUUUGGAAAGCAUCUCUCACCUUCUGUUCAUGUCCUUAUGGGCAAUAUCUAUAUUCUUUUCCCACCCCUGAUGAAUCCCAUCAUCUACAGUGUAAAGACCCAGCAGAUCCGGGGCAGGAUGAAGAAGUGGUUUUCCCUGAAAAUGUAG